AUGCCACGACCAGCAAUGUACAUUGCAGACACUUCUGGCAGUUCCGCUACCCUGAGGCCGAUGGGCCCCGAGAGAAUAACGAGAGAGGAGAAACCUGAAUGCUCAGAGACCAGAUAUAAAUUCAGUCUCAGUGGUAAUUUUCAAAAGCAUCAGAAAACUCACACAAGGGAGAAACCUUAUGAAUGCUCAGAGUGUGGAAAGAGAUGCAGUACGAAUGGCCAUCUUCAAAGUCAUCAGAGAACCCACAUGGGGGUGAAGCCUUUUGAAUGCUCAGAGUGCGGAAAGAGAUGCAGAACUAAUGGCCAUCUUCAAAGUCAUCAGAGAACCCACAUGGGGGUGACGCUUUUUGAAUGCUCAGAGUGUGGAAAGAUAUUCAGUCAGAGUUUCAAUCUUCAGCAGCAUCAGAGAACUCACACAGGGGAGAAACCUUAUGAAUGCUCAGAGUGUGGAAAGAGAUUCAGUCAGAGUGCCCAUCUUCAACUACAUCGCCGAACCCACACUGGGGAGAAACCUUUUGAAUGCUCAGAGUGUGGGAAGAGAUUUGGUAGGAGUGGCCAUCUUCAAUCUCAUCAGAGAACCCACACAGGGGAGAAACCUUUUGAAUGCCAAGAGUGUGGAAAGAGAUUCAGUACGAGUGGCAGUCUUCAAUAUCACCAGAGAACCCACACAGGCGAGAAGCCUUUUGAAUGCUCAGAGUGUGGAAAGAGAUUCAGUACCAACAGCAGUCUUCAGCUUCAUCAGAGAACCCACACAGGGGAGAAGCCUUUUGAAUGCUUGGAGUGUGGAAAAAGAUUUAGUACAAGUGGCCAUCUUCAGUAUCAUCAGAGAACCCACACAGGCGAGAAGCCUUUUGAAUGCUCAGAAUGUGGAAAGAGAUUCAGUACGAGUGGCAGUCUUCAAUAUCACCAGAGAACCCACACAGGCGAGAAGCCUUUUGAAUGCUCAGAGUGUGGAAAGAGAUUAAAUACAAGUGGCAGUCUUCAACAGCAUCAGAGAACCCACACAGGGGAGAAACCUUUUGAAUGCUCAGAGUGUGGAAAGUGUUUCAGAACUAGUAGCAGUCUUCAACAGCAUCAGAGAACCCACACAGGGGAGAAACCUUUUGAAUGCUCAGAGUGUGGAAAGAGAUUCAGUCAGAAUGGCACUCUUCAACAUCAUCAGAGGACCCACACAGGGGAGAAACCAUUUGAGUGCUUGGAGUGUGGAAAGAGAUUCAGUCAGAAUGGCACUCUUCAACAUCAUCAGAGGACCCACACAGGGGAGAAACCAUUUGAGUGCUUGGAGUGUGGAAAGAGAUUCAGUCAGAGUGGCACUCUUCAACAUCAUCAGAGAACCCACACAGGGGAGAAACCAUUUGAGUGCUCGGAGUGUGGAAAGAGAUUUAGUAUGAGUGGCAGUCUUCAAAAACAUCAAAGAACCCACACAAGGGAGAAACCUUUUGAUUGCUCAGAGAUUGGAACGAGAUUCAAGUCAUAG